AUGGACCACGCUACCUCGUCCGACGAUCCACUGCGGAUACAUGACCUCAUGGCCGAACACUUAUCUACCCUCGUAAACGGUCACGUGUUCUCGGACUCGAUCCUCACCUCCUCUGCCGCCUCGACUUCCUCUGCCCCGGCUCCCCUCCCCUCCACUUCGAACGCGCCAGCCCCAGACUACAACUAUUCCAUCUCGAUCCCUUCCUACCCUCCCCCAACCCCGCACCUCCAUUCCUCCCCCAUCUCCAUCCUCUCCACCCCUUCAGCAGGUCGAGGCGUAUUCGCUUCUGCUCCCAUCCCAUCCGGUACCCUGAUCGAGAUCGCCCCUGUUCUCGUUCUGAGCGACGAGGAAUAUUAUAGCCAUCGCGUCGAUGCGACAAAGUUGAAGGGCUAUGUGUUUACGUGGAAGGGCAAGAAAAAGGAGGAAAAGGGGAUGGCCUUGGCUUUGGGGUUAGGUUCGUCUUUCAUUCUUAGCGUUUCACCAUGAUUGACAACUGACCUUUAUGAACUCUAUAGGCAGUCUCUUCAACCAUUCCCCACGACCCAAUAUCAAUUUUGUGCUUCACGCCGACGAAUACACGAUACAUUAUACCACCUGUCGCGCGAUUCAAAAGGGCGAAGAAUUGUGCAUAUUCUAUGGCCACGAUGCCCAUUUCGGCCAGAAUGGAGCUUCACCACAUUCGACGGAUUCGGAUGAAGAUCCUGGACCGUGGGGUGGAUUGAGCGACUUGAGGUUGGGAGAAAAGGAGGAAGAGCAACGGGAUUUCAAGACCAAGAAAUACAAGCGAAGGGCAGGUGGAACGAAUGCGAGCGCUGCAGAGGGGAGGUGGGAGGAUGAUAUCGUCCUCUUUGAUGAUUUGGAAUGGGUCAAGGUGACGAGGAUGAUCGAUCCGGAAAAGAUACCCUUGACGACAGGUGAGGGAAUGAGGCGCUCUUAGCUCUCGGAGAUCACUAUCAGGUGCUGAAUGGCGCCGUUCUCUCCUCCACAGUCGAGUGCUACGUCGUCGACGUUCCGGCUCGUCAUGUACCCCUCGCUUUGGCAUUCAUCAAGCUCUACACAGAGCCUUAUACCCGACAUCACCCCGCCGAACUCUCGCAUCUGAAACGCGUUCGACCUCUUCUCUCCGCGUCCUCGCCCAGCGUCUCGGUCCUCUUAUUCCCCGUAUCCUCGGCCCCUUCGAACCUCUCGGAACUUUUGGCGACUCACCAGCCUUUCAACGACGUCAACAUCACCUUGGACCUCUACACCCUCCUAGUCCCGGCCACGAUCGCGCGUACCGACGCCCAAGCUGAGAAUUGGGGUCAGCUUUGGCCCGUUCAAACGAUGCACAUCAGGGAAGGACCCAAGGCCAAACCCCGCGCUCAAGGUUGGGAAAGGUGUAAACUCGAAUGGGUCCGAUCCGAAGCGGAGAAAGUUUGGCGAGCGGCGAAGCAAAGUCGCGAUGAGAAAGGAGAGCAACCUAUCGCAUGUCACGUGACGGAAUCCUUUGAUCCUGAGAUUCAUUCCCCGACGAAUCUUCCGAAUCGACUGUCCUCUGCGCACGAUACGAGAUUCUCCACCUCAAACCCUCUCUUACACGCCAUCCCAAAUCUAAUCGACUCUGUCGCUCAAAUGGAUCGACAAAACCUCCGCCCUCGUUCCUCCAACCCUUCCUCAACACCCCCUUACCUCCUCACAGGAAUGACCUUGUUCAUUUCCCACGAACCGUGUUUGAUGUGUUCGAUGGCGUUGUUGCAUUCGAGAAUCGCGAAUGUUUAUUAUAUACGCAAAGCACCGGGGUCCGGUGGAUGCGGGAGCGUAUUUGCGGUGCAGGAGGGGGAGGGCUUGAAUCAUAAGUUUGAGGUGUGGGAGUGGAGAGGGGAAGGAGGGGGGAUCGGGGAGGGGUUGGAAGUGGAGUUGGAUCCGUAG